CACGUUCUGAUUAGAGGGAGUGGUUCAAUAAUGCGCCAACCUCCGCCAGCAGCCAAAGAGUUAAACUGCCGAGCCUGUUGUUGAACGCACCAUCCAACCGGGCUGUGUCGCUAAGGGAAGAUAGGCUACUUGUGAAAAAAGCAACAGAUACCCAGCUGGAAAACAACCCCACAUCUGGCACGCGAGCUGAGCAGGGAGAACUGGAGGAAUAUCUCAACGCGAUUAAAUGCGUGACUGGAUCAUUGUCAGGCUUCCUCCUUGUGUGGAGAAGAGAAAAGUUGUCAGGAAUAGUUGUGCAUUUUGGCGUUGCAUAAUUUGGAUAACAUUUGUCAAAAAAGGGGGUGAGGAGUGACACAUUACUUGCUAAGUGGUUCAGCCUUAUAGGCACGUAGGCUAGGCUACUGCCAAUUAUUUUUUUUGCAACUUGUUUUCCAGCGGAAAUAAGUGCAACAUCUGGAAGCAUUCAUUUAGCCUAAGUUACAUUGUGCAAUCUAUUCGACGAAAACAUUUAAAAAACACACAUUAAGUGAGCCUUACCACCUGCGUUUUGUUGCGACAACAGACGGAGUUUUGUAACAGGUGGUUUUUAUUGAGCGUCUCACUUUGACGCUGUUUUUUGUUUGGACCGUGUUAUGCUGUUAUUUUUGGAGUGGGGUCUGAAAUGAGUGCGGACUUUGCGUUCAUUUAUUGAGUUCUUUGUACGAGUGGACACCAGCUUGUAACGGAAGGGCGAGCAGCCAGAAGGUCCCUGCUUCUAAAUGAUAAGCUCGGUGUGCGUUUCGUCUUACCGGGGGCGCAAGUCAGGCAACAAACCUCCAUCUAAAACAUGUCUGAAGGAGGAGAUGUACAGAGGGGAAGACUCGGACAAAAUUAUCAUCAACGUGGGCGGCACUCGACAUGAAACCUACAAGAGCACCCUCAGGACCCUGCCGGGCACCCGCCUGGCAUGGCUGGCAGACCCGGAUCUGCAGGUCAACUCGGAAGCUGCGCCCCCGAGUGCCGAGUUAUUCUUCGACAGACACCCGGGCAUCUUUGCCUACGUGCUGAACUACUACCGAACCGGCAAGCUGCACUGCCCGGCCGACGUCUGUGGGCCGCUCUUCGAGGAGGAGCUGGCGUUUUGGGGGAUUGACGAGACCGACGUGGAGCCGUGCUGCUGGAUGACCUACCGGCAGCACCGGGACGCUGAGGAGGCUCUGGAGACAUUUGAACCGCCGGACCCGGAGACUGACGACGACAGAGAGAUUCCGAGGCGGUUCGGCAUCGAGGACUGUCCCGACAGGUCGAGGGGCUGCUGCGAAGUUUGGCAGCCAAAGGUCUGGGCCUUGUUUGAUGAUCCAUACUCGUCCAGAGCAGCCAGGGGAGUGGCGUUUGCUUCUCUAUUUUUCAUCCUGGUGUCCAUCACCACCUUCUGUCUGGAGACCCAUGAAGCCUUCAAUGAACUGCAGAACCGGACGGAGCAGGUUGUCGUGGGCAACGUCACAAACAAUGUGCAGAGGCAGGAGAUGGUGACCAGGCCCAUCCUCACCGUGGUGGAGGGCGUCUGUGUGGUCUGGUUUACAUUUGAAUUCUUGGUGCGUAUCGUCUGCUGCCCAAACAAGGUGGUCUUCAUCAAGAACACGCUCAACAUCAUUGACUUUGUGGCCAUUCUGCCAUUCUACCUGGAGAUGGGCCUGAAGGGUCUGUCAUCCAAAGCUGCCAGCGACGUGCUGGGCUUCCUCCGUGUGGUGCGGUUUGUUCGGAUCCUCCGAAUCUUCAAGCUGACACGACACUUUGUAGGCCUACGUGUGCUGGGCCACACACUGCGGGCCAGUGUCAAUGAAUUCCUCCUCCUCAUCAUCUUCUUGGCACUGGGUGUACUCAUCUUUGCCACCAUGAUAUACUACGCUGAGCGCAUCGGAGCCAGUCCCAGCGACCCCACAGGCUCCAACCACACACACUUCAAGAACAUCCCGAUCAGCUUCUGGUGGGCCGUGGUCACCAUGACGACACUGGGCUAUGGAGACAUGUACCCAAAGACUUGGCUGGGCAUGAUGGUGGGGGCGCUGUGUGCGCUGGCCGGGGUGUUGACCAUCGCCAUGCCGGUCCCCGUCAUCGUCAAUAACUUUGGGAUGUACUACUCGCUGGCUAUGGCCAAACAGAAGCUGCCGAGAAAGAAGAAGAAGCACAACCCUAACCCAGACGCUCCGACUGACUCAGCCUCGUUUGGGAAGUCGGAAACAAACUCACACAGAGACAGCACUCAGAGCGACACGUGUCCGCUGGCUGCUGAGGAGAGCGUCAGCAGGAACCACUCAGACUCCAAACAGAAUGGGGAUGCAAAUGUGGCCCUUUCAGAGGAGGAAGGCUGCAGCCUGACCCAGCCGCUGUCCCCCAGUGAAAAGUGGUCCCUGCGGUGCUCCAGAGGACGAGACAAGACGAAUAAGGAGGCCACCUGCUUCCUCCUAACCUCUGGAGACCCCAACGUCCAUACUGAGAGCUGUAAAGACAUCCUUGCUGACACUGGAAACUACGCUCAGCCGGAGGUCACCACGCUGACCUGAUGCUGAUUGGCUACGGAAAGGAGAAAGAUCAUGAACUCUCGGUGGAGUACAUGCUGUGCAGAGCUUCUUUUUCGUCCUGAAUAAACUGCAGUGCAAGAUUAUUUUUUUUUAUGUAAUACAUCCAAAAGCCUGUAGUAGAAAAUCAGUUGUGUAGAAGAUUUAGCAUAUGUACACUCAUUUACAUGUUACAAGCAUUUUGCAUGUGAUGCAUGAUCAUUGUACAAUUGUAUAAUGUAUACCAUUAGUAUGUUUAUCAUUUAGUGAACAUGUCAUAGCCUGUCUUAAAGGCCCUGAAAAGGCUUCUUGUUGUGGCCAAAGGGGUCCUACAUGAACACAAUUUUCUGUGAUUAUUGGAACAGUUUUGGUUAUUUCACAUCACAGAUUUCUGUUUCUUUUUUUCCUCUGUGCUUUUCUUGCGGGUUUGAAGUGGGCAGGGCUCAGUUGGAAAAAAGUGACGUAAUGUACUUCUGUGCACCAAACAGGAUUUAGAAACAUUUGAAUCUGAUGAGAGUUGGUGGGUUGUUUGGUCACUGUCAGACACACUGAUCAAAUCACACCCACACAAUUCUGAUGUAGCAGAUUAGCUGGGUUUUUGGGUCGUAAACCCUUAAUAAUAUUACUAUAUUGGUUAUUGGUCAACUUUGACUGUUACUUACUUAGACAUGAAUAUUUAAUGUUAUAGAGGAAUACUUUUCAUUGGUUUUAAUCUGAAGUGAGUAUGUUGUAACCAUAUGGCAACAUUGUUUGCUAAUGAGAUGUUGCAUUAUGUGCAGAAAUAAUCAGUUUUUGGGACAAAGAAAACAAAACAAAAAAAAUCAUCGUCAAUUGGAUUAAUGUCUUUAAUCCAUAAAUGUUGUUAACUGUCGAGUAAGAACACCCAAAAACUUGUUAAUAUGGGUUUGUACAGCAAAACUGUUACUGUGAACUAGGAUUAGAAAACAUACCCAGAAUUCUUUGUUGAUCAUCCGGUCUUUGCCUUCUGUCGUGCCACUGCUUUUUAACACUGACCACAGGGACAACAUGCAGAUAUUUUGUCGAGACACAACAUGGUAUGAAUGCUGCUCAGGCAACACAUUGUUUUUAAAUCCUUGUACAAUAAGAGAGUUUAACAAAAGAAAAAAUCAAUGGGGCAGUAUUGACUGUCUAUUACAUUAGCUGUAUACAAUUGAUGCAUCACUGCUGGUUGAGUCAGGACCAAAUGUUGACUAUUAGAUUACAUAGUAGAUUUUUAGUGCCAUCAUUAGUAUAAAAAAAUAGAUACUGUUUAUGCCAUCAGUUUCACUUGUGCCUCAUGUUGAGUAAUGGAGCUUAAGUGUAUGCGGUAAUGUAAUUAGAUUUGUUCCUUAACACUUCUGGUUGUGUCGGAUUUGUAGAAACCCUGUUACAUGUUUCCACGGAGAAGCAGGAGGAGUGUGGUUUCUUUCACUUGUGACUUAUAUUAUAUUCCUCAUGGUCUACCAUAGUGGCCUUAUGUUUAAUAAACAAUGGGAAAGUUCAUUUCAUCUUCAUUACACUCCAGCUCCGUUUCUAUGCUGACCCAGAGGUCUGUAAUUAUGUACAGUUGUAUGUAGCACAAUAGAAUAUUCUGGAUCAUUCCUUUUAUCAACUAUUUUAUCUUCUGUGUAUAUGACAUGCUUAUGCACCAUGAAAUAGCUGUUAACUAAUAAUGAAAGAUUAUUAUUUUGAUCAUUCACUUUUUUUAGCCUAAUUUCCUGUUUUCCCUGUUGUAUAUACUUGAAUGUGAUGAGAAGCACACAGCACAUCAGUUUCAUAUCUAGCCAUUAUGGAUUGUAUAGGACUGUGAUGGAAUUCAGGUGUCAACUGUCAGGUGUGUGUGUGUGUGUGUGUGUGAGUGCGUGAGUGAGAGAGAGUGUGUGAGCGUAGGCAUGUGUUUCUAUGCAGAAAUAGAAAUAAAAUCCAUUUUCCCUCCUGG